AUGGCGUCGACAAUCCUCCCCCUCGAGCUCGUCGACCGCGCGAUCGGAAGCAAGGUCUGGGUCAUCAUGAAGACGGAGCGCGAGUUCACCGGCACGCUCGUUGGCUUCGACGACUACGUUAACAUGGUCCUGGAAGACGUGACGGAAUACGAGACGACGACGGAAGGGCGGAAAUCAAGCAAGCUCGGGCAGACGCUGCUGAAUGGCAACAACAUCGCCAUGAUCGUCCCGGGACGAGGGCCGGAGGACGAGCAAUAG